CUGAUGGGCAACCAGACAGAAAUGACACAGUUCAUUCUUCUCGGACUAACCAGUGCCCCAGAACUGCAGGUUCCCCUCUUUAUAAUGUUCACCCUCAUUUACCUCAUCAAUGUGGUUGGAAACCUGGGGAUGAUCCUGUUGAUUCUCAUGGAUUCUCAUCUCCACACUCCCAUGUAUUUUUUCCUCAUUAACCUGUCUCUGGUGGACUUAGGCUACUCUACAGCUGUCACUCCCACAGUCAUGGCUGGGUUCCUUACAGUAGACAACGUCAUCUCCUACAAUGCAUGUGCUGCUCAGAUGUUCUUUUUUGCAGUAUUUGCCACUGUGGAGAAUUUCCUUUUAGCCGCAAUGGCCUAUGACCGCUGUGCAGCAGUGUGCAGACCCCUACAUUACACCACCACCAUGACGACAACUGUGUGUGCACAUCUGAUCCUAGGCUGCUACAUCUGUGGCUUCCUGAAUGCCUCCAUCCAUGUGGGGGGCACUUUCCAUCUCUCUUUCUGUGUGACCAAUGUGGUCCAUCACUUCUUCUGUGAUGUUCCAGCAGUCAUGGCUCUGUCUUGUUCAAAUAGACACGUGACUGAGUUAGUUCUUUUUUAUGUAGCGAGCUUCAACACAUUAUUGGCUGUCCUGGUAAUCAUCGUAUCCUAUAUACUCAUAUUUAUCAACAUCCUAAAGAUGCACUUGUCUGCAGGAUACCAGAAGGCUUUAACGACUUGUGCCUCUCACUCCAUUGCCGUCUCCAUCUUCUAUGGAACUAUUAUCUUCAUGUACUUACAGCCCAGCUCCAGACAUUCCAUGGACACAGACAAGGUGGCAUCCGUGUUCUAUGCUAUGAUCAUCCCCAUGCUGAACCCUGUGGUCUACAGCCUCCGGAACAAGGAGGUCAAGAGUGCAUUCAGGAAGGUGGUUUUGGAUGGAAAAUUGUCUUUAGGAUUGUGA